CUUUGAUCUAAAAUAAUUGAAACAGAUAAGAGUAUUUAAUAAUCUUAAUCUUAAAAGUAAAGCCGCUUGUUCUGACCCAUACCUUUUCGCCGUUGUUUCUUUUCCCUUACCCUCCUGCUUCUCACAACUUCUCUUCUUUGAUCUUCUCUUACCAAAUUUUCUUCAAACACGACAACUAUAUAUAUACACCCAAAACAUUAACAUAUUUCAGAGAAAAUUACUUCAAUUCUGUAAUAUUCUGAUCAAUCUUUUACCUUUUCAACAACUUUUGGGCUGUUUUUUCUUUCAUAUUUUUAUUAUCAAUGGCUUCUGUCUAUCUAUCUCCUUCUACUGCUAUCUGUAAUUCACAAAGCAGCAUAAACCAUGAUUCAUGGAAUGGAUUGCAUACUACAAAAUUAAGCUUUGCUGGUGGAUUCAAAUCAAAUUUAGCCAUGGUUCGUUUAGGGAGUAAAUCGUUGCGGAAUGUCAAGAAACAAUUUAGAACUAGGGCUGCUGUUAUUUCUGGAGAAGGUGACCUUUUGUCUUAUUCGAGUGACAAUGGUAUUUUAGGCAAAAAUGAUAUGCAAGCUGAUGCUGUAGAAAUGGGGGCACUUUCUGCAGAUGUCGCACCGACAUCUGCAGGGUUUGCAAUGGAGGAUGAUGAAUGUGAUUUAGAUCGCCCAACUCCGGGCUUUGCUUCCAUUCCUGAGGCUAUUGAAGAUGUUCGUCGAGGAAAGAUGGUGAUUGUUGUAGAUGAUGAAGACAGAGAAAAUGAAGGAGAUUUGAUAAUGGCCGCAGAGUUAGCGACGCCUGAGGCUAUGGCCUUUUUUGUUAAGCAUGGAACGGGAAUUGUUUGUGUUAGUAUGCAAGAAGAAGACCUUGAGAGAUUGCAACUUCCGCUUAUGGUGGCAAGCAAGGAUAACGAGGAGAAGCUUUGCACUGCAUUUACAGUGACUGUGGAUGCCAAACAUGGAACAACUACUGGUGUGUCGGCUAGUGAUCGGGCAAUCACAGUGAAAGCCCUUGCAUCAAGGGACUCCAAGCCGGAGGACUUUAAUCGUCCUGGCCAUAUUUUUCCAUUGAAGUAUAGAGAGGGGGGUGUUCUGAAGAGAGCAGGACACACUGAAGCUUCAGUUGAUCUUAGUGUGUUAGCUGGACUAAAACCUGUGGCAGUUAUUUGUGAGAUUGUGGAUGACGAUGGCUCCAUGGCUAGAUUGCCCAGGCUUCGUGAAUUCGCGGAGAAGGAAAACCUCAAGAUUGUAUCUAUUGCUGAUUUAAUCAGGUACCGGAGAAAGAGAGCCCAAUUAGUUGAACGUUCUUCAGCUGCAAGAAUCCCUACAAUGUGGGGACCUUUCACAGCUUACUGUUACCAAUCAUACCUGGAUGGCAUAGAGCAUAUUGCAAUGGUUAAGGGAGACAUAGGGGAUGGACAAGAUAUCCUAGUGAGAGUCCAUUCAGAAUGCCUUACAGGAGACAUAUUUGGUUCAGCCAGAUGCGAUUGUGGAAACCAGCUAGCUCUUGCAAUGAAGCAGAUAGAGGCUGCUGGGAGGGGAGUGUUGGUGUACCUUCGUGGCCAUGAAGGCAGGGGAAUCGGUUUAGGUCAUAAGCUUCGUGCGUAUAAUCUGCAAGAUGCUGGCCGUGAUACUGUCGAAGCCAAUGAAGAACUAGGAUUGCCUGUUGACUCAAGAGAGUAUGGAAUCGGUGCUCAGAUUUUAAGGGAUUUGGGUGUUAGAACAAUGAAAUUGAUGACGAACAACCCAGCAAAAUAUAUAGGGCUCAAGGGUUAUGGUCUUGCUGUAUCCGGAAGAGUGCCCCUUAUCACUCCAAUAACCACAGAGAAUAAGAGAUAUCUGGAAACCAAGCGUAAGAAGAUGGGUCAUGUCUAUGGCCUUGAUUUGAUUAACAAUAGAAACAACAGUCCAAACACUAAAAAUAGUAAAAACUAAUACAAACAGUCCAGAAACAUGCAUUUGAUAGAUAAACGUUACCCUUGUUUGUUAUAACAAAUAUGCUAUUACUAAGCU